GCUCAGCUGCCAUGUUGUUUGUUUUCCCUCCUCUCCUCUCCGAUGCAGCGGCUGACUUUGUGGCCGCUCGCUGGUCGUCUUCAGCGGACACUUUCUGAUGACACGCACCGCUCCGUCCGAUGAUAUUCUCAUUGCUCGACCAACUCUUUUCAACCCCCCGCAGACACACACCGGCCUCACAAAGCGCCGCCUGGUGAGGUGAAGAUGGUGGAUCGGCUUGCCAACAGCGAGGCCAACUCCAAGCGCAUUGCGGUGGUGGAGAGCUGCUUCGGGGCGGCGGGCCAACCUCUGGCCAUCCCGGGCCGCGUGCUGAUCGGCGAAGGCGUGCUAACCAAACUGUGCCGCAAGAAGCCCAAAGCGCGGCAGUUCUUCCUCUUCAACGACAUCCUGGUGUACGGAAACAUCGUCAUCCAGAAGAAGAAGUACAACAAGCAGCACAUCAUCCCGCUGGAGAGCGUCACCAUCGACACCGUGCCCGACGAGGGCGACCUGCGCAACGGCUGGCUCAUCAAGACGCCCACCAAGUCCUUCGCCGUCUACGCCGCCACCGCCACGGAGAAGUCGGAGUGGAUGAACCACAUCGGCAAGUGCGUGGGCGAGCUGCUGCAGAAGAGCGGCAAAGCGCCCACCAGCGAGCACGCCGCCGUCUGGGUGCCCGACUCGGAGGCCACCGUGUGCAUGCGCUGCCAGAAGGUCAAGUUCACGCCCGUCAGCCGCCGCCACCACUGCAGGAAGUGCGGCUUCGUGGUGUGCGGCCCGUGCUCCGACAAGAAGUACCUCCUGCCCAGCCAGUCGUCCAAGCCCGUCCGCGUCUGCGAGUUCUGCUACAGGCAGCUGACGUCGGGCACGCGCUCGGACUCCUUCGCCCGGCCCUCGUCCAACUUUGACAUGUCCGACGACGACGACGAGGACGACAGCAGCGACUGAGUGGUGGCAUUUUGGACCAAAGCAUCACCACGCAACGCUGAGGUCCGGAUAAUAGACUCGCCCCUUUUGUCCUCUAGCUCCUCCCUCUUCUGUCCCCAGCCAAUCAUUUCUGCAGGGAAAACAGCUUUCUUUUCUAUUUCAAUUAGCUGCUCGUGACAAAUCAAGCCUGUGCCUCCACGCUCACCUCCGUGCCUUCUAGAACAUCAGCAGGUCUUCUUCUAGAACAUCAAAAAACUACAUUCGGUGCUUUGACGAGCACAUCCUGUGUCCUGCAGUUGCCACGGCAACCAUCUCUUGACUUCCACUGAGACACUAACGCUACGUCCAUUUGAGGGACAACGUUCCUCCGGUCUUAGCAGCGGACCAGGAGGACCAGGACACACGUCGAACAGAAGUGUCGGGACGGCUGCAGGAAACCGGACGUUUGCACACGAGGUAAAUCGCCACGUCUCUUUGCACUUCAGUAGCCGCCCGAUUCUUUUCUCCGCUUUAAACUUUAAAUCGUUGGGGUUUUAUCAGUGUUUUGAUGGCGCUAUCUGCAGACAGCUGUACACCCAGCAGUGGGUGAUGUGGUCAUUUCAAUUCACACAGCAUGUUGUGUAUCAAUACUGCUGCUUACAUGUGUCAACCUAGGAGUAUUCAACUAGCGGCUCGGGGGCUGAAUCCAACACCACAGCGGUCCCCCGGGUUCAGUUCAAAACUUGGGAGUACAAAUAUUUUUGCGGAAAAUUCCUAGACGUAAACACGUUUUACACGUUUAACAUUGGACACGGAUGCUAAUGUUUGUUAGCAAACUUGUGAUUUACAUAAUCGAGGCGUUCCUCAAGGCACCCCUUUAAGUCCUCUCCUUUUUUGGCAGUUACACCUUUUUCCGUAAUUUGACUGACUGUAGUUUGUUUACAUCAGAUGCGGUUCAACUUCUUGAGUUGUAGUGGUGGUGUUCCUCAGGGUUCAAUCUUAGGUCCUCUGUUUAUCAUCGUUUGGGCUUUUCAACUGUUCAAAAAAACAAUUUUUUGCAGCACAUUCUUAAAACCACUAGAGUGCUGUCAUAAAUAUGUUUGGGGAAGAUCCUAAAAAAAACAACCGAGCGCUCCUGUAACUGAGAAAACAAAUGGACCAAGAUCAAAUGUCCACUGUAGAGGACGCCGGUGACACAAAACAGGACUUAUAAGGGAGGAAAGGAUCAGUCCGGCCCUCGGCUCUCUGGAAAGGUGGCCCUUCAAACAAUUGAGUUGAAUAUCCCCGCGUUACAGUAUCAAAAAGAGGCAUUUUUUACGACUCUAUUAUGUUCACGUUCAAUCAAUGCAAGACCAAGAGCAGAACUCUUCCACAAGGUUUUGGACUAUUUGCCAAUGCGACCCAUGUUGGACCAGUUCUAGUUGUUCCACACCAAACCUACACGGACCUUCCUUUAGCACCAGCACCAGAAAACUGUCCAGACUGUGAUUCAGGGACGACUGUGAUUGGAUCGGAACUGUGUCCCAACACUUUUGUCCGUUUUUGCGUCUUUUACUUCUUCAAAAUGUCAACAUUUUUUUGGGUUCGAGAAUUACCGUCUAAAAAUUAGGAAGUGAGUUUUAUUUUCGGGACUGUGUGGUUUGUGCGAUCACACACACAAAUGUGUGUGUGUGUCAUGUGACAAGUUUCUCUUCCCAGCCGAGUUUAAAGUGUGAAAGGAGAAAAAAAGGGAUCUUUUUCUUGUUUUUUUUUGUCUUGUACGAUAGUUUGUUGUGUAAAAUGAAAGAGAAUGUCGCUAUAUAAUUAUUCCUAUUGUUUUUGUUUGUCGAGCAAUUGUGCAUCGAAGGAAUCUUUCACGCCAGUACAAUCGUUACACUGAACGCCAUAUGUCGUCAUCUAAUGCAGUACCACCUCAGAAAACACCAUCAUGGCCAACAAUAAUGCACAGUAGCAUAGUAGGCCAAAGUAUUCAUUAAAACAAGGUAUUUAGAGUGCGCCAGGGUAUAAAUUGACCCACUAAAUGUGAGAAGAAAAAAUAUUUCCAUAUAUUAGCCGCACCGGACUGACUAAGCCGCAGAUACAUACCUUGUAAAAUGAGAUAUUUACACAGAAAUAUUCUGUAAAUGUUUAUUUACAUACCUUGAUUGUUUCCAAACAGUGUCUGUAACACGGCAGUAAAACGGUUGAUCAAACAAAACAGAAGUCAUCGUCAUGGACCCACUAGCUGCGGAAGCUAGCUCUCUAAUCAGCGAAACAGACUAACUCUACAGUGAUGUUUUGGUGAAUUUACAAAACUGGAACAAUACAAAAAAAUAUAUAUUGUAAGUUAAUAAUACUAACACAGACACUUUAACUAAUGCUAACGACGCUAGCUUCAUUACAUUACGAUGAAAACACUCCUACAGACAUCACACAUGGGACGGUUUAGUAAGUAAGAAUUGUUUUAGUUACAUUGUAAAACUUACAGACGUUGCUUGGAGUGAUGAAUGAAGAAUCCAUACGAGUAGAAACGCUAUAGACGGCUAGAAGACCGAACGGCACGUCUACUUCCGGUUGAAAGCUAAGUCCAAAGACAACAACGCUGCAAUAACUUCAGUGAGCAAACUCGUCCAAAAGGUGGCGCCAUAGCACAGACAAUAACACACCUUCUCAGUGUAUUCGCUUGUGGGGGGUUUUAAAAACUUUUUGUGUUAUAAUCUGGAAUUUACGAUAAAAAAGAAAUUGGCCACUAACAGACAGUUUGAACAGUAACACUGUGUUUGUAGUGGUACGCCAAAUCAAUGAAAUAUUCAAACACAGUGUUACUGUUCAAACUGUCUGUUAGUGGCCAAUUUUGUUCAACUGUGGUGAUACGCCAAAUCAAACUGUGGUGGUACGCCAAAUCAAUGAAAGAUUCAGUUUGAUUUGGCGUACCACCACUGUUUGAAAAAAUUGGCCACUAACAGACAGUUUGAACAGUAACACUGUUUGAAUAUUUCAUUGAUUGGGCAUACCACUACAGUUUGAUUUGGUGUACCACCACAGUUUGAAAAAAUGUGGAAGAAAUUGGCCACUAACAGACAGUUUGAACAGUAACACUGUGUUUGUGGUGGUACGUCAAAUCAAUGAAAUAUUCAAACACAGUGUUACUGUUCAAACUGUCUGUUAGUGGCCAAUUUUUUCCACAGUUUGAAAAAAUUGGCCACUAAAAGACAGUUUGAACAGUAACACUGUGUUUGUGGUGGUACGCCAAAUCAAUGAAAUAUUCAAACACAGUGUUACUGUUCAAACUGUCUGUUAGUGGCCAAUUUUUUCAAACUGUGGUGGUACGCCAAAUCAAUGAAAUAUUCAGUUUGAUUUGGCGUACCGCCACAGUUUGAAAAAAUUGGCCACUAAAAGACAGUUUGAACAGUAACACUGUGUUUGAAUAUUUCAUUGAUUGGGCGUACCACCACAGUUUGAUUUGGUGUACCACCACAGUUUGAAAAAAUGUGGAAAAAUUUGGCCACUGACAGACAGUUUGAACAGUAACACUGUGUUUGUGGUGGUAUGCCAAAUCAAUGAAAUAGUCAAACACAGUGUUAAUGUUCAAACUGUCUGUUAGUGGCCAAUUUUUUCAAACUGUGGUGGUACGCCAAAUCAAUGAAAUAGUCAGUUUGAUUUGGCGUACCACCACAGUUUGAAAAAAUUGGCCACUAAAAAACAGUUUGAACAGUAACACUGUGUUUGUGGUGGUACGCCAAAUCAAUGAAAGAUUCAAACACAGUGUUACUGUUCAAACUGUCUGUUAGCGGCCAAUUUUUUCAAACUGUGGUGGUACGCCAAAUCAAUGAAAUAUUCAGUUUGAUUUGGCGUACCGCCACAGUUUGAAAAAAUUGGCCACUCAAAGACUAUUUGAACAGUAACACUGUGCUUGAAUAUUUCAUUGAUUGGGCGUACCACCACAGUUUGAAAAAAUGUGGAAAAAAUUGGCCACUAACAGACAGUUUGAACAGUAACACUGUGUUUGUGGUGGUACGCCAAAUCAAUGAAAUAUUCAGUUUGAUUUGGCGUACCACCACAGUUUGAAAAAAUUGGCCACUAACAGACAGUUUGAACAGUAACACUGUGUUUGAAUAUUUCAUUGAUUUGGCUUACCACCACAAACACAGUGUUACUGUUCAAACUGUUUUUUAGUGGUCAAUUUGUUCACUCUGUGGUGGUACGCCAAAUCAAACUGAAUAUUUCAUUGAUUUGGCGUACCACCACAGUUUGAAAAAAUUUGGAAAAAAUUGGCCACUAACAGACAGUUUGAACAGUAACACUGUGUUUGAAUAUUUCAUUGAUUUGGCUUACCACCACAAACAGUGUUACUGUUCAAACUGUUUUUUAGUGGUCAAUUUGUUCACUCUGUGGUGGUACGCCAAAUCAAACUGAAUAUUUCAUUGAUUUGGCGUACCACCACAGUUUGAAAAAAAUUGGCCACUAACAGUUUGAACGGUAAAACUGUGUUUGAAUAUUUCAUUGAUUUGGCGUACCACCACAGUUUGAAGAUCACUGAUCUGAUGCCAAGAAAAGCAACUAAAUCAUACAUUUGAUCGUUAAAUAAAUAAUAUUAAAUGAGAAAAUACAACACUAUAUUUAGUACAGUGAUUGUGCUCGCGUGAAAGAUUCCUUCAAUGCGUGUUUACAUGCGUUCUAGUUGGGAGGUCACAUGACGUCUAAUAGUGAGCGUGGCCUUAAAGGACGUAUGCUUGUGAGUCAAGUACAUUUAACGACGGCGUCAAAGUAGAGCUCUGUUUAUUAACACACUACCUGCGGGGUCCCUGAACGCAGCAUCAAUGAGAUCCGACUGAAAGGCCAUCGACAACACGAGCGGGUCAUUUCCUGGAAAGUUUCUUCCGUGUUGAAUCCGAUAGUUUGCUUAAAAAAAAAGGGCUUCAAUGAGAUUGUAAAACUGCAGCUUCAUUAACGGUUUGAUUGAUCAAUGUGUUGCUUCCAGCUGACAUGUUGUCUUCACAGAGUGAAGGCUAAAUAUAAAAAUAUGAAAUAUGCAA